AUGUGCACCAUGAAUGAAUCUCGAGAAGAAAGUGAAGAUAUCAUAAGUAUAACAAGUGAUGAAAUGGCUGCAGCAGCCGCCACUAUUGAGCUAACGGCUAAACAAAGAGAAGAAGAAAAUGUUCCCUCAUAUUCCUCGUGUAGUACUCUUCAACUUCUAGGACGACUUUCGGUGAAUGAGGUGAGUGGAGAACUGCUCCUACUUGGGAAAAUUGCAUGUCCAGUCGCCUUAACAACGCUGCUUUUGUUUUCAAAGAACAUUAUAUCUAUGCUUUUCUUGGGCCAUAUGGGGAAGAUAGAGCUAGCUGGAGGCUCACUAGCAAUUGGGUUUGCAAAUAUAACAGGGUAUUCUGUAAUGAAAGGGCUUUGUAUGGGCAUGGAGCCCAUAUGUUCCCAAGCUUAUGGAGCCAAAAGAUGGUCAGUUCUCACCCAAACAUACAUCAAAAUGUUUUUACUGCUCUUGACUGUUACAGUUCCAAUCACCUUUUUAUGGCUAAAUAUUGAACAUCUCUUCCUUAGACUAGGCCAAGAUCGAGUAAUUACCAAAGUUGCUAAAGGAUACUUAAUUUUCUCCAUUCCAGAGUUACUUGCUAGUGCUCACUUGAAUCCUUUGAGAGCUUUUUUAAGGACACAAGGCAUAAAUACACCAGCUACUUUAGUAGCUACUUGCUCAACAAUUUUGCACCUUCCAAUAACCUAUCUUCUUGUAACAUACCUGAAUUUGAACGUCAAAGGUAUUGCCUUGGCCUCAGUUUUGUACUCACUCAACAUGAACAUUGGGUUACUGCUUUACUUGCUAUUGUCCAAAGUGGCGAUAAAACCAUGGGCUGGUGUUACAUUUAUUUCUACAUUUCAAGGGUGGCGUCCGUUGCUGAGUUUGGCUUUGCCCAGCCUAUUCUCCGUUUGCUUAGAAUGGUGGUGGUAUGAGAUUAUUCUAUUCUUAAGUGGCUUAUUAAACAACCCUGAUUCUUGUGUAGCAGCUAUGGGAAUAUUGAUACAAACAACAGGGACUAUUUAUGUCUUCCCAUUUUCACUUAGCUUGAGUAUAUCCCAGCGUGUUGGUACUGAAUUAGGGGCUGGUAACCCGGACCGUGCUAAAUUAGCAGCCCUUAUUGGUAUUUUUGUGGCACUUACUCUUGGAUUCACUGCGUUUGGCGUAACCAUCGGGAUGAAAUCAGUAUGGGGGAAAUUUUACACGUCUGAGCCACAAAUUCUGGCAUUAGUAUCAGCAGCACUUCCAAUCCUGGGAUUAGCGGAGAUUGGAAAUGCUCCACAAACAGCAGCAUGUGGUGUACUAACUGGGUCUGCUAGACCAACAUUGGGUGUACGAAUAAAUUUAGCAGCAUUUUACCUAGUUGGAUUACCAUGUGCUUGUGUAUUUGCUUUCAAACUCCAUAUUGGCUUUAGGGGAUUAUGGUUUGGCCUAGUGGCAGCUCAAUGUGCUUGUGUAUGCAUGAUGGUGUAUACAUUAAUCCAAACAGAUUGGAAACUUCAGGCUAGAAGGGCAGAGGAGCUGACUAUGGCGUCUUCCAACAAGGAUGAUGCUGGAACCAACCUAGUACCUUAA